AUGAUUGCUUCCACGGCUUCAAGCACCGAAACUCAUAAUUCAAAGUCGUCUAAUCUCACCAUAAAUGCUCCAUCGCCUGGAACGAAAGCAUGGACAAAUCAAGAAUUUCAGAAUGUUGUCCGAACGCCUUUACCAUUCCCUCAACCACUUGAUCGGGAAAUGUUUGCUGGAUCGGACUUCGACAGUGAUACUUUCUUAGCGAGCAGGCGACACGUUACUCUAGAUGAAUUGAAGAAAGAACUUACUGCACAUUUGAAAAGUCUUAAGAAUGAGUUGGUGGAAAUGAUAAAUAGGGAUUACGCAAGCUUUAUAGAUCUUUCAACUAACUUAAAGGGCGUGGACAAAGUCAUCGAAGAGGUAGCAAGGCCAUUAGGAAAAAUGAGGGAAGAGGUUCAGGGUGUUCGCACAACACUUCAGGGUGUAAUUGAUUCAUUGGAAAACCAAUUAUCUCACCGAACAUCCAUUCGAGAAAAGAAGGCGGCUUUGCAAUUGCUUAUAAAUAUUCACGAAUCGGUCCGUAAAGUCGAAAACUUGUUAUUGAUUAGUGGUGAUAGUGCAUCGAACAUUGCGUCCGGUGAUGAAAGCGGAAACAAUGUGAAACAAAUUGAACGGGUGGCUAUCGAGUAUAAUCAGAUGCAAUAUCUGGUUAAUAGAGGAAAAGAUUUGCCUUUCGUGGAAAAUAUUGAUUGGCGGAUUACAAGAAUUAAAGAUACCCUUCGCAUCAAUCUAUCAUCCGCCCUUCGCUUAGCUUUAUUGGCGGUGAAGGAUCCGUCGGCCACCGUGUCAUCCAAAGAAACCUUAACCCAAAUAUUGCGAACAUAUGCUUUGAUUGAUCAAACAAAAUCUGCCGAAGAAGUUAUUAGAGAAGAGUUGGUGGCUCCAUUCAUACAAGAGACAGUCAGCAGGCCAAUUCUUGAUAACCCUUCGCAACUGUUGAUCUCUCAUGUUUACCCAACACGUCCCGCACAUUCUCAAAGUCAAAGUUCGGUCAAAACUUACUUCACCAAUGCAUACUCAAAAGAACCUUUGGCCCUUAUAAAGGAUCUUAAAGGAACUAGUUUUGAAAUAUUGGUUAAUUCGGUGUGGACCGAGGUGGUAGAUUCAAUAACAAAAAGAUUGUCGGUAAUCUUUAAUCCGGGGAAUCCGAAUACUUUUCACAAGAAUUAUACCAUAUCAAUGAACUUUUUGCUAAGCAUAGAAAACAUGUGCGUUUCCAAGAAAUCUUUAAUAUAUCUACGUAACCACCCGUCUUACAUGGAAUUUAUGAAAAGAUGGCAAUUACCGGUAUACUUUCAACUUCGAUUUAAAGAAAUUUCGUCGCAUAUAGAAGAUGUUUUAAAUUCCGGAUCAGAAAUUCCAGUUGACGAGAUGAUUGAUUCACAAGACCCUAAACCUCUAAUCCUUCCGGCUAGCAAGUCGAUCUUUCUAGCGAUAGAGCGUUGUUGGUCUGAUGAAGUGUUUAUCUAUGGACUCACUCAUAGAUUUUGGAAAUUGUCGUUGCAGCUAGUGCAGAGAUACAAAAAUUGGUUGAUGUCCAUAUUGGCAGGUUUGAUCACCGAAACAAAUGGUCACGGAAACGACAGGUUAUCCUCAAGCUCUAAACGGUCAACCGGUGCACCAGUGAGCAGAGUCGGAAGUCCCGCGCCAAACUCGACAAACGGAAAUGCUUCCACUGAAGCUCAAGAUGACCUAUUGUUGAAGCGUUUGACUAUCGUAGCACAUGAUGUCGAAAAUAUGAAUAUUAAGAUGAUGGAAUUUUAUCACGAACACAUUUCCAUCAAAUUACCAGAUUCGGUGAUCGACCUUCCCAUCAUAGAAGAGAGCAUUACCAGCGCGUUAUCGUCACUGCAAUCAGAUCUACCCGAUUUCACUCAAAAGGUUUCAGCAAUUCUUACAAAUCGGUGCGCGGACACUCUACGUCAACAUAUUCGCAGAAACGGCAGCAAUGAAACUCUUACCUCUACAGAUGAUCCCACAACGUCAAUGAGCGAUGAAGAUAAGAUUAGACUACAAAUUUUUUUGGACGUGAAGCAGUUUGGCGUAGAGUUGACCAACAUUGGUCUAAGCCUCGAUAAAAUCAACGGCUACAAUGAGUUAUAUAAAGUAGUGGAACCUUAUG